CGCCGCCGCCGCCGCGGUUUGGCUGGUUGGCCGGAGGCGGGCGGGCGGAGCGCGCAGGGCGGAGGCGGCGGCGCUGGGCCGGGAGGAGGCGGCCGAGGGCGCGGAGCGGCCCUGCUCCCGGCCGCGGGGGGAGAUGGCGUCCUACGUGGAUAACAGCUUCCGCCAGGCGGUGAUGAAAAACCCCGCGGAGAGGACCCCUCAGGAUCUGGAAAUAGUGUAUUCCUACCUGCAUGGGAUGGAAGCCUUAUCGAAUCUGAGGGAACAUCAGCUUCGGUUGAUGUGUGAGACUGUGAGAUGAAGACACGAAGCCAAUGAAGUUCUGUACUAUCCUGAUGACAUUGGGACCUGCUGGUACAUCCUUCUCUCUGGGUCCGUGUUCAUUAAGGAAUCCAUGUUUCUUCCACGGAGCAGUUUUGGCAAGCGUUCUGCAGGAAGCUUUAGGCGUGGCUGUGAAUGCAUUGUUUUAGAGCCUUCUGAAAUGAUUGUGGUAGACUAUAUGGAUGAAAAUGAAGAAUAUUUUCAGCGUCAAGCUUCUCAUCGACAGUCUCGAAGGAGAUUUAGAAAAAUCAACCAGAAAGGUGAAAGACAAACAAUUAUUGACACUGUGGAUCCUUACCCUGUAGGCAAACCACCGCUGCCUAGAGGCUAUCAUACGGAAUGCACUAAAUCUCAGCUUCCUGCGGAUUUCACCAAGCUGCACCUCACUGACAGUCUCCAUCCCCAGGUGACUCACGUCUCUUCCAGCCACUCAGGAUGUAGCAUCACCAGUGACUCUGGAAGCAGCAGUCUCUCUGAUAUCUACCAGGCCACAGAAAGUGAGGCUGGCGAUAUGGACCUGAGUGGGUUGCCGGAAACAGCCGUGGACUCUGAGGACGACGACGAUGAGGAGGACAUCGAGAGGGCCUCUGACCCUCUGAUGAGCCGGGACAUCGUGAGAGACUGCCUGGAGAAGGAUCCCAUUGACAGGACAGAUGAUGACAUCGAACAACUCCUGGAGUUUAUGCACCAGUUGCCUGCUUUCGCCAAUAUGACGAUGUCUGUGAGACGGGAGCUGUGUGCUGUGAUGGUAUUUGCGGUGGUGGAAAGAGCCGGGACCAUCGUGUUAAAUGAUGGUGAAGAGCUGGACUCCUGGUCAGUGAUUCUGAAUGGUUCUGUGGAAGUGACUUAUCCAGAUGGAAAAGCAGAAAUACUUUGUAUGGGAAACAGUUUCGGUGUCUCUCCAACCAUGGACAAAGAAUACAUGAAAGGAGUAAUGAGGACGAAGGUGGAUGACUGCCAGUUUGUCUGCAUAGCCCAGCAAGACUAUUGCCGUAUCCUCAAUCAAGUAGAAAAGAACAUGCAAAAAGUUGAAGAGGAAGGAGAAAUUGUCAUGGUGAAGGAGCACCGAGAGCUUGACCGAACUGGAACAAGGAAGGGGCAUAUAGUCAUCAAGGGCACCUCAGAAAGAUUAACAAUGCAUCUGGUGGAAGAGCAUUCGGUGGUGGAUCCAACAUUCAUAGAAGACUUCCUGUUGACCUAUAGGACUUUUCUCUGUAGCCCCAUGGAAGUGGGCAAAAAGUUAUUGGAGUGGUUUAACGACCCGAGCCUCAGGGAUAAGGUGACACGGGUAGUAUUAUUGUGGGUGAAUAAUCACUUCAAUGACUUUGAAGGGGAUCCUGCGAUGACUCGAUUUCUGGAAGAAUUUGAAAAUAAUCUGGAACGAGAGAAAAUGGGUGGACAUCUAAGGCUGUUAAAUAUUGCAUGUGCAGCUAAAGCAAAAAGAAGAUUGAUGACCCUAACAAAACCGUCCCGAGAAGCCCCUUUGCCUUUUAUCUUGCUCGGAGGCUCAGAGAAAGGCUUUGGGAUCUUUGUUGACAGUGUUGAUUCAGGGAGCAAAGCAACUGAGGCGGGCUUAAAACGAGGGGAUCAGAUAUUAGAAGUGAAUGGUCAAAACUUUGAAAAUAUUCAGCUGUCAAAAGCCAUGGAAAUUCUUAGAAAUAACACACACUUAUCUAUCACUGUGAAAACCAAUUUAUUUGUAUUUAAAGAACUUCUAACGAGAUUGUCAGAAGAGAAAAGAAAUGGUGCCCCUCACCUUCCUAAAAUCGGAGACAUCAAAAAGGCCAGUCGCUACUCCAUUCCAGAUCUCGCUGUAGAUGUCGAACAGGUGAUAGGACUUGAAAAGGUGAAUAAAAAAAGCAAAGCCAAUACUGUUGGUGGAAGGAACAAGCUAAAAAAGAUACUUGACAAGACUCGGAUUAGCAUCUUGCCACAGAAACCAUAUAAUGAUAUUGGGAUUGGUCAGUCUCAGGACGACAGCAUAGUAGGAUUAAGGCAGACGAAGCACAUCCCAACUGCACUGCCCGUCAGUGGAACCUUAUCCUCCAGUAAUCCGGACUUACUGCAGUCCCACCAUCGCAUUUUAGACUUCAGUACCACUCCUGACCUGCCAGAUCAAGUGUUGAGGGUUUUUAGGGCUGAUCAGCAAAGCCGAUACAUCAUGAUUAGCAAGGACACCACGGCAAAGGAGGUGGUCAUUCAGGCCAUCCGGGAGUUUGCUGUGACCGCCACCCCAGAUCAGUAUUCACUCUGCGAAGUCUCUGUCACGCCUGAGGGAGUAAUCAAACAAAGACGACUUCCAGAUCAGCUUUCCAAGCUUGCCGACAGAAUACAGCUGAGCGGAAGGUAUUACUUAAAAAACAACAUGGAGACAGAAACCCUGUGCUCAGAUGAAGAUGCCCAGGAGCUGCUGAGAGAGAGUCAGAUCACCCUGCUGCAGCUGAGCACGGUGGAGGUGGCCACACAGCUCUCCAUGCGGAACUUUGAGCUCUUCCGCAACAUCGAGCCCACGGAGUACAUAGACGACCUGUUUAAGCUCAAGUCAAAAACCAGCUGUGCCAACCUGAAGAAGUUCGAAGAAGUCAUCAACCAGGAAACAUUCUGGGUGGCAUCCGAAAUCCUGAGAGAGACAAACCAGUUGAAGAGGAUGAAGAUCAUUAAGCACUUCAUCAAGAUAGCACUCCACUGUCGGGAAUGCAAGAACUUUAACUCCAUGUUUGCAAUCAUCAGUGGCCUAAACCUGGCCCCAGUGGCGAGGCUACGUACCACCUGGGAAAAACUCCCCAAUAAAUAUGAAAAACUCUUUCAAGAUCUCCAAGACUUGUUUGAUCCUUCCAGAAACAUGGCAAAAUAUCGUAAUGUCCUCAACAGUCAAAACCUACAGCCUCCCAUAAUCCCCCUGUUUCCAGUUAUCAAGAAGGACCUCACUUUCCUUCAUGAAGGAAAUGACUCUAAAGUUGAUGGGCUGGUCAAUUUUGAGAAGCUACGAAUGAUUGCAAAAGAAAUUCGUCAUGUUGGCCGCAUGGCCUCCGUUAAUAUGGACCCUGCCCUCAUGUUCAGGACUCGGAAGAAGAAGUGGAGGAGCUUGGGGUCUCUCAGCCAGGGUAGUACAAACGCAACAGUGCUAGAUGUUGCUCAGACAGGCGGCCACAAAAAGCGGGUGCGCCGUAGCUCCUUCCUCAAUGCCAAAAAGCUUUAUGAAGAUGCCCAAAUGGCUCGGAAAGUGAAGCAGUACCUGUCCAACCUGGAGCUCGAGAUGGACGAGGAGAGCCUGCAGACAUUGUCGCUACAGUGCGAGCCAGCAACCAACACGUUGCCGAAGAAUCCUGGUGACAAAAAGCCUGUCAAAUCCGAGACCUCUCCUGUGGCCCCGAGGGCAGGGUCGCAGCAGAAAACGCAGCCCCAGCCACCACCACAGCCGCAGCCCCUGCCACAUAAAAUGAACCAAGGACUGCAGGUCCCUGCUGUGUCCCUCUAUCCUUCACGGAAGAAAGUUCCUGUAAAGGAUCUCCCACCUUUUGGCAUAAACUCUCCACAAGCUUUAAAGAAAAUUCUUUCUUUGUCUGAAGAAGGGAGCCUGGAGCGCCACAAGAAACCAGCAGAAGACACAAUAUCAAACGCGUCUUCCCAGCUCUCUUCUCCCCCCACCUCCCCACAGAGCUCUCCAAGGAAAGGUGGCAGUGGCAAUCAGCUGGGAUCCUUUGUCUCCAGGCAUCUGGACUUAACCAGUUCCCCCUCUUCUCUUAGAAGCUAUACUUUGGCUCCCAGUGGAACCGUGGAUAACUUCUCAGACUCUGGUCACAGUGAGAUUUCUUCACGUUCCAGCCUCGUCAGCAACUCCUCCUUUGACUCAGUGCCGGUCUCGCUGCCAGAAGAACGGCGCCAGAGGCACUCGGUCAGCCUAGUGGAGAGGCGGCCGGUGCUAGAGCCUGACCAGUACAGCCUGGGGUCCUGUGUGCCAGUGUCUGAGAGCCGGGGCUUGUACGCCGCAGCCACCGUGAUUUUUUCUCCAAGCACAGAGGAACUGUCUCAAGACCAGGGGGACCGAGCCUCCCUGGAUGCUGCUGACAGUGGCCGAGGGAGCUGGACGUCAUGCUCAAGUGGUUCCCACGACAACAUACAGACCAUCCAGCACCAGAGGAGCUGGGAAACACUCCCUUUUGGGCACACUCACUUCGACUAUUCAGGGGACCCCGCAGGCUUAUGGGCCUCGAGCAGCCAUAUGGACCAAAUCAUGUUUUCUGACCACAGCACAAAGUACAGCAGGCAGAAUCAAAGCAGAGAGAGUCUUGAUCAGGCCCAGUCCCGGGCAAGCUGGGCAUCUUCCACAGGAUACUGGGGAGAGGACUCAGAAGGGGACACAGGCACCAUCAAGCGGCGAGGGGGGAAGGACGUUUGCAUUGAAGCUGAAAGCAGCAGUGUGACGUCUGUAACCACGGAAGAAGCCAAGCCUGUUCCCGUGCCCACUCACAUGGCAGUGACACCAGGCACUGCCAAGGGGCUCAUUGCGAGGAAGGAGGGCCGGUACCGGGAGCCCCCGCCCACCCCGCCGGGCUACGUGGGCAUCCCCAUCACCGACUUCCCCGAGGGCCACCCGCACCCGGCGCGGAAGCCCCCAGACUACACCGUGGCGCUGCAGCGCUCCAGGAUGCUGGCGCGGCCGGCUGACCCUGCGGCGCCCCCCGCCCCGGGCAGCGCCAGGCCCGCCCCGCGGCCUCAGUGGCACCGGCCCGGCGACGGCGACCCGCGCCCUGGCCCCUGCCCGCCCCCGGGCCUCGCCGCCGAGGAGGACGCAGAAGAUGAACAGGUGUCUGCUGUUUGAGGCACAGGCUUCUCUGAACCUGGAGUCAGCCACCCGAAGGAGAGCACAAGAGGACGCCCCCUAGCGUUGGAGCCUGGGAACUCACACUCUGAGGAUGGUGGACCAGUUUGCCUCCUUCCCUGCCUUAAAAGCAGCAUGGGGCUUCUUCUCCCCUCUCCCUGUCCCCUUUGCAUGUGAAAUACUGUGAAGAAACCGCCCUGGCACUUUUCCGACUUUGUUGCUUGAAUGCACAGCGCAGCAGUCUCCGAGCUCCCCGUUGCUGCUCCAUCACACAGUACCAUUCCAGACUCCAAGGUCAUCGCCGAGAUGAUGCCCUCUGGCUGCAUUUCUCCACGCCUGGAAGGGUUGUUGAAAACCUUCUUCCUAGAUUUCCAUCCAGUCCUAGCACUUGGUUUCAUUGGCAUCGUGAGAAAAGCUAGCCAUUGAACUACUUGGGGCCUUUAACCCACCAAGGAAGACAAAGAAAAACAAUGAAAUCCUUGGAGUACAGUGCUCGUCCACUUGUUUACAAUGUCCUCCUUUUUUUUUUUUUUUUUUAAUGAGUUUAAAGAUUGUGUUCAGAGAGUAAAUGUUAUAUCCAUUUAAUGAUUACAGUAUUAUUUUGAACCUUUUAAGUAGGGUUCCCAGCCUGGGUUUCUAAAAAACCAAAUAUGCCGGCCAGAGUGUGGGGAGGAGGGAUGCCUGGCAUGCAGCCCCUCUUCCUGUGUCCUUGGGGCCAUGCGGUGUAGUGCCCGAUCCUGGAAACAUGAGACCUUAGCCAGUUACUUAGACACCAAGGCCCUCGUUCCCUCCGUCCCCUGGGGUGGGGCUCUUCCCUAAAACUGUUUGCACAUGGCCGGGGGAGGGAACGAGAGCUCUUGUGUCCUGUGUCUGAGCCUUACGGAGUGCAGGACAGUGUCAUUUGAGGGCGUGUCCCACUCCAUCAAGUUGGACGGCAAACCCCACAUGUCUUUAAAUUAUGUUCCUUUGAUUUCUAUUCACUUAGUUUUAGGGAUUCUUUCAUUUGUUUUUAAAGAGAAACGUUUAUAACUGGAUAGCGUUGCCGUGAAAGCAGCCCGGAUGUUGGCGCUAGGGCCAGCUGUUGAUACUGCUCUUUCAAGACAGCCUCCCUGUUUGGAUCGGCACUAGGGAAGAAACAAGCCUUUAAGCUGAAAAAGAUCAAAAAGAUCCCAAACCUGGUGAGAUACGCCAGCCUUUGCAAAGCGGGUGAGUCUGCAGAGACUGACCCAUGAGUGGCUUUACGGACGCUGAGAUAGAGAAGGUCUAAGUGUAGCAACCACCUGCUCACAGCUGCUAUUAACCCCAGAAGGACUGAGAUGACCCCUCCGCUCUAUUUUUGUGUUGUUUUUGCACAGACUCCGGAAAAGUGAAGGCUGCCAAUCCGAGUAGUACUCAAAUGUGAGGAACUGCUGGUCUUGGAUUUUUUUUCCAUUAAAUUCAGCUGAUCAUAUUGAUCAGUAGGUAAACGUAAAUAGCUUCCAAUUUUACAAGUCGAAUUGCAGUGUUUUUUCACUGUAUCAAAAAAUGUCAGUGCUUUAUUUAAUAAUUCUCUUCUGUAUCAUGGCAUUUGUCUACUUGCUUAUAUAUUACAUUGUCAAUGAGGCAUUUGUAAUUUUACAUGUAAUAUGCAUUCUUUGCCAGUUUUCUGAUAUAGGCUAUGGACCUCAUGUGCAUAUAGAAAGACAGAAAUCUAGCUCAACACAGUUGCACAAAUGUUAUCUAAGCAUUAAGUAAUCGUAGAACAUAGGACUGUAACCUCAGUUCGCUCUGUGACGUCAAGUGCAGAAUGUACAAUUAACUGGUGAUUUCCUCAUACUUUUGAUACUACUUGUACCUGUAUGUCUUUUAGAAAGACAUUGGUGGAGUCUGUAUCCCUUUUGUAUUUUUAAUACAAUAAUUGUACAUAUUGGUUAUAUUUUUGUUGAAAAUGGUAGAAAUGUACUAUGUUUAUGCUUCUACAUCCAGUUUGUACAAGCUGGAAAAUAAAUAAAUAUAACAGACA